CCUGAUCUCCUGGGCUGUGAGGAGGGGAGGCCGGCCACAGUCUCCUUCAGCACCCAGGAUGCAGCGCGCCAAGAAUGGCUAACGCAUCACAUCCCGAUCAGGAUCAGCAAGCCGCAGUGAGGUGGCUUCUCUGCCUCUUUGCAGGCAUGUGGUGCUGUCACUACUGCUCGGCCAUUCCGAUAGGAGAUGAUGAAGGUGUCCGAUGGCAGCCUCCUGGGGGACCCUGGGGACACACCACUAAGCAAGAAGCAGGGUGUCAAGUGGCAGAGGCCGAGGCUCACCCGCCAGGCCGUGAUGCGGUGCUGCCUGGUCAAGUGGAUCCUGUCCAGCGCUGCCCCGCAGGGCUCAGAUACCAGCGACAGUGAGCUGGAGCUGUCCAUGGUGCGCCACCAGCCAGAGGGGCUGGAGCAGCUGCAGGCACAGACCAAGUUCACCAAGAUGGAGCUGCAGUCCCUCUAUAGGGGCUUCAAGAAUGAGUGUCCCUCGGGCCUGGUGGAUGAAGACACCUUCAAACUCAUUUACGCACAGUUCUUCCCUCAGGGAGAUGCCACCACCUACGCACACUUCCUCUUCAAUGCCUUCGACGCUGACGGGAACGGGGCCAUCUGCUUCGAGGACUUUGUGGUUGGCCUCUCCAUCCUCCUGCGAGGAACAGUCCAGGAGAAGCUCAAGUGGGCCUUUAACCUCUACGACAUUAACAAGGAUGGCUACAUCACCAAAGAGGAGAUGCUGGCCAUCAUGAAGUCCAUCUAUGACAUGAUGGGCCGGCACACCUACCCCCUCCUGCGGGAGGACGCGCCUCUGGAGCACGUGGAGAGGUUCUUCCAGAAAAUGGACCGGAAUCAGGACGGGGUAGUGACCAUUGAUGAGUUCCUGGAGACCUGUCAGAAGGACGAGAACAUCAUGAGCUCCAUGCAGCUGUUCGAGAACGUCAUCUAGGACACAUCGGGGAUCCCCAAGUGGCCAUCGUCACCACCUCAAUCCUGCCAGGAACAGCCUCCAUGAGAAACUUUUUUCUACUAUAUUUGCAAAAAGUGAACAGUUUGCUACACACACACACACACACACACACACACACACACACACACGUGCACCAUUCCUCUGGGCUAGGUGGGGGAGGGGUGCUGCAUCGGGUUGGGAGCUGGGUCCAGGUGACAUGAGCUACACCCCCAGCCAGCCCAUCCCAGGCCAGCGGAGUGAGGCUGCCUCUGCAGUGGGCCGAGGGGAGAGCAGUGUCUGCAGCCAUUGGCUGCUGGGUGUGCGCAGGGGAGUGCUCAGCUCCCCUGCAAAGGAGGGUCCAGUCUCCAGAGUGAAGGCCCCUCCCCCCUCCCGCUUCCCUUCUUUGCCACCACCCAUGGGCCAGGCUCUGGUCUCCUUGUCUCCCAGCCAUUCCCAGCCCAGUGACCACACUCCCAGGAUGCACCUCACCGCAGAACCCUGAGGGGCAGCCGGGAUGAAGGGUGUUCAGACUAGGAAAGAAGUGAUGGAGGCAGAGCCUGCUGCUUCCUGGGAAGGUUUCCUGGUGAGCUCUGCUGCGAGGAUGAGGGGCCAUCCCUGCUGUCCCUCCAUCCCAGGAAGGGGGCCCUUUAAGCUCAGGGUUGGGUUUCCUGGUGGAGAAUGUGAGGAGACUGUGCCGACCCCACGAGAUGGGAGAAGCCCUCCCCUACUGGCCCAGGCCAGGCUCAGUGGGGACACAGUGGUGGCACUGCCCCCACCCCUCAGGCUCUGAACUGUUCGCCCCAAGUCAUCGUGGGUACCAAGAAGAGGCCAUGUGGCUCAGGGACUGGCCGCCCAGGAGCCCGGUGGCAGCCAGCCCAGGAAGGGCUUCUUGGCCCUUUGUCCCCCAGCCUCUGUCUCCUGUGGCCCAGCAGUUGGGUUGAGCUCCCCUCUGGUUGGGGUCCUGAAGCAGUGUGGCCACCUCCACAGGGGCUCACCCCAAC